AUGGAUUUUUUUAACAAUACAAAUUUUUCAAUCGAUGGCAGCAAUUCAACAACAGAAGAAGAUGGUGCUCUUCACUGUGGUGCCAUCCUACCUGUCAUCUUUGGCAUUAUCUGCUUUCUGGGCAUCAUUGGGAACUGUAUUGUCAUGUACACCAUUAUGAAGAAGACCAAGUGUCGAGCCAAGCAAACAGUUCCAGACAUCUUUAUCUUAAAUCUGUCAAUUGUUGAUCUUCUGUUUCUCCUCGGGAUGCCAUUUCUCAUUCACCAGUUGCUGGGCAACGGUACCUGGCACUUUGGAGCCGCGAUGUGUACGGUCAUCACUGCGCUCGAUUCCAACAGCCAGAUUGUCAGUACUUAUAUCCUCACUGCAAUGACCUUUGACCGCUAUUUAGCUACUGUGCAUCCCAUUCGCUUCAACUAUGUCCGCACGCCUUGUGUGGCUGUGUUGGUCAUUGGGCUGGUGUGGGUUUUGUCCUUACUCACCAUUAUCCCUGUGUGGAUGUAUGCCGGCCUGAUGCCUCUCCCAGAUGGGCUAGUGGCCUGUGCUCUGCUUCUGCCUGAUCCAGUUACAGAUACAUACUGGUUUACACUUUACCAGUUUUUCUUGGCCUUUGCGAUACCCUUAGUCAUUAUCUGUCGAAUAUUCUUCAAGAUCCUCCAACACAUGUCCACAAGUGUGGCGCCUCUGCCUCCACGGAGUUUGAGAGUGCGCACCAGGAAAGUGACCCGGAUGGCAGUGGCCAUCUGCCUCGCUUUCUUUAUCUGCUGGGCUCCUUUCUAUAUCCUCCAACUGGUGCACCUGGGGGUGCAGAAGCCGAGCAUAGCGUUCUCCUAUGCCUAUAAUAUUGCAAUUAGCAUGGGCUAUGCUAACAGCUGCAUUAACCCAUUUCUCUAUAUCAUGCUAAGUGAGACCUUUAAGAGGCAGUUUCUUAGAGCUGUACGGCCAGCUCACCGGAAGUUCCGCGUGGUGAACCCGAGCACCACAGAUGGUGGCAGUGUCAGUGUGAGGAUGGUACCUGAACAGGCUCAGCAGGAGCCAGCCUGCAGGGAGGUGAUACCAUCCAACGUGGCUCCAGAAUGA